AUGGAUAUAUUGAAGAAAAUGUUUCAACAAAACGAAGAGGAAGCCAAGCGUGACCGAGACGGCGCCCCAAACAAGGAUGAAUUUCGUAAACCUCAAUGGUUCGAAGAAGCGGAAACGGAUGAUGAGUUGUUUGAUGAUGAUCGCAAAUUCGCAUUCCAGGUUUUCACUAAUCCUCUGGAAUUGCAAAAGCAUUUUGAAAGUCAAAUGCAGCAAAUUUUGGAAGCCAUCAAUGAACUUGAAAGUAUGUAUAGAACGAAUAAUUUUAGCAUAUGUAUCAUAACACAGCUUUGUUAUAUAACGUUGUCGGCAGAUAAUCGUAUGCCCAUUGAGAAAAAUUUGAAGGAAGAGUAUUUAAAACCGGGAUUUGAAAGUAAAACUUUUAAAGAAUUUGAAAAACAACAAAAACAAUAUUUUGAUACCGAUUUAGAUGGGGAGAUAUUUGCCGACCAGUUGCAUUCAUUGAUUCAACGUUUUGCCAAUGGGGAAUAUAUGCAAGACAGUCCGCAAACUGCUCUGGACUCCACCACUAAAAUUUUGCCACGUAAUGACAAAAAAGCCAUUCGUAAAUCGAAGCCGAAACUAACAGACGAAGAGAUAAUUAUGGGCCGCAUUCAUGGCACGCUAGAUGAUGGAAAUGAGGAGCAACGCAAACGUAUAAAACACCGUCGACCGGAUUUUAUGAAUCCGAUGUCUCCGGUAAUACCGCGAGGCCCUUUUGCGGGUGGAGCUUUUGAUGGACAUUUUCAGGGCCCCAAAAUGUUUAGUCAAAGUGUAAUGACUAAAACUGUUCGAAAACCUGACGGCAGCUAUGAAACAACAAAAAUUACCCAAGAUUCGCAGGGCAAUAAAACGAUUACAACCACACGUACUAAGGACGGUAAAUCUGAGACCGUUACCACGUAUGAUGAUGCCGUAGCAUCUGCUGGAAAACGUAGUAUUAAAGAAUCUUCGGAAAUUUACGAGGGCGAGCGUAAUAUUUAUCUCUCAAAAGAAGGCUACGCCUUACCAAGAAAUCUCUGGUGACCAGUAAUGCAACUGAAUAAAAAUUUGCGAGUUUUCAUUGAACAGCAAAACCAACGCAACGCAAUUAUCAAAUAUAAAAAUUGUUUAUUAUAUAUCAUAGCAGUCGUUACGGCUUUCGUCUUUAAGAUUUCAGCUUCAGCAAAAGCAAACCAUAUUAUUAUUCUAGUUGAUGUAACACGAGCAAAGAUCAUUAUUCACGGUGUUCACGUCAAUAUUUUACUUUUCAAAAGCUUACGCAUUUGGUGUUUUAGAUGAACAUCUUACUGAGUGAUAAAAGGGCAAUGAUGGCAACGCUCGUUUUAUUGUACUCUUAAUGUGCAUAUUUUACCAGCUCCAAAAUUAAAAAAAUGGCCUCGCGAAAGGUGAACCGGUGAAAUCAUAUAGUAAAAAAAAAUCCUGGGUUACCAAAGAAUGGUUGAUUUGCUGGUCUACAGUGAAUGGACAAAGGAAAAAGGGGAUCAUAUGCAAUACGUUAUAAAACAAAUAUAUAUAUAUAUAUAUUUUAACAAAUUUUAUAUAUCACAUCACAUUCAAUUUCUUAAAUCCCCAGCAAGAAAGGGGAAGGAAAAAAAUUUCAUAUACAUAAGUCAUGAAUUUUAGAAUUUUUUCGACAACUUGGCAAACAUUUGCUCAGAGUGGUAGCAGAAAAUUGAAAUGUUGAGUUCUUCAGCAAAUUCAAUAUUUUGUUUAAUCUUUUUAAAAACUGAGACGUCUUCCGCCCGCAUAUAUUAUUAUACAUGCAUGCAUGCGUAUCUGUAAGAUAAUUAUGUUGCAUACAAUUAUUGUCUCAUUAUACAAUGAAAAAGAAAGCUCAUCUAAAAUACUAAAUGACCCGAAAUACAUGUUAUUCAUAUUUAAAUCAAGAAGGCGUAUAAAAAAAAAAUUAACAUAAAAAAAAUUCGAAAUGAAUGCAACUACUUCUUACUUAAGAUUAAGGUUUUAUUUUUUCAAAUUAAUAUACAAAUAUUUUAUAAUUGGUGUUUUUUAUUUUAUCCCGUAAAAUGAAUCCAACAUUAAGUUAAUUGGAUUUAUUUGAAGUUAUUAAUUUUAAUUUAAUUUUAAAUGAAUUUUU